GUACUGGUACAGCAGUGGCAGGUAAGUCCAACUUGGACUCGCCUUCUCCAAAAACGCAACAUUGAUCCUUUUCUUUAAAUGAACCUUUGGAGAAGGGCUAAGAGAUUUAAAAGGCAGGAAUUCCUGUCAUGUGCUACAGCAGAGCAGCCGUAGCAACGGCAGUAGCAGCAGUACCACGGCAGCAGCCGCGGCAGCAGCAAGUCAUUUAGCGAGACUGCACCAUUUUCUCCUCACCCUGCAUAGAGGUGUGGUUGGAAGAGGCAAUAAACUACUCACCCCCCCCACCCCGGCGAUUCCACGGAGGUGGCCUCUUCCUGGCUCCAGUCAGAAGACACAGACUGUCUGGAGGAGUCCCCAAAGACCGUUCCAAUUAAUUGGUGAUGUGUGCCUAAGAAGGCUUUUUCAACUAGUAGGAUGCUUGCCUGCACUUGCGGCCACCCAACUGCUGAAGAGCUCGAAGUCUAGUGCUCCGCCUUCCCUUGGGACCGAUUCCGAGUGUGGACGCGCAUCUAUGCCCGCAUGUGUGCAGGUGUGUGCUGCUGGGGGACUCGGCUUGGGACAUUGGUAUGUUGUGGUGAAUUGUGGGUGCUGCGGAGGCUGGAGCAAGAUUAUGACCUAGCUCGGGGGCAGAGUGGAUUAUUUUGUGAGUGUUCUGGCUUCCAGCCAUUGCCCUGGUGGGGAAAAAUCACAUCUCCAUAGAGCUCUAAAAUCACCUGGACUGCUGGCUGGUGGAAACUGAUCCUCAGCAACUGCUUCGGCUGAUUUCCUCUGCAAAAUGGCUCAUGCUGCUGCUUCUAUUAAAAAAGUUCGAGAGGCCGAACUGGAUGAAAAAGAAAAACACCUUGAGAGAGAGAGGAAAAAACAACGGAAAAUCCCCAGGGAACGUAUGGAACGGAAAAGAAAGUCUGACAGCAAUGCAAGUUUCCUCCGAGCUGCCAGAGCUGGCAAUCUGGACAAAGUAGUGGAAUAUCUGAAGGGAGGCAUAGAUAUCAACACCUGCAACCAGAAUGGACUCAACGCUCUCCAUCUGGCUGCCAAGGAGGGCCACGUCGGGCUGGUUCAGGAGCUGUUGGGAAGAGGGUCUUCCGUGGAUUCUGCCACUAAGAAGGGAAAUACAGCUCUUCACAUUGCAUCUUUGGCUGGACAAGCAGAAGUUGUCAAAGUGCUGGUUAAAGAAGGAGCCAAUAUUAAUGCACAGUCUCAGAAUGGCUUCACUCCCUUAUAUAUGGCUGCCCAAGAGAACCACACUGAUGUUGUAAAAUAUUUGCUGGAAAACGGAGCUAAUCAGAGCACUGCUACCGAGGAUGGUUUCACUCCCCUCGCUGUGGCACUCCAGCAAGGACACAACCAGGCAGUGGCCAUCCUCUUGGAGAAUGACACCAAGGGGAAAGUGAGGCUGCCCGCCCUGCAUAUUGCAGCUAGGAAAGAUGACACCAAAUCUGCCGCACUCCUCCUUCAGAAUGAUCACAAUGCUGACGUACAGUCCAAGAUGAUGGUGAAUAGGACAACUGAGAGUGGUUUUACCCCUUUGCACAUAGCUGCACACUAUGGAAACGUCAACGUGGCAACCCUUCUUCUAAACCGGGGAGCUGCUGUGGACUUCACAGCCAGGAAUGGAAUCACUCCUCUGCAUGUGGCUUCCAAAAGGGGAAACACAAACAUGGUGAAGCUCUUACUGGAUCGUGGUGGUCAGAUCGAUGCCAAAACUAGGGAUGGGUUGACACCACUUCACUGUGCUGCACGAAGUGGGCAUGACCAAGUGGUGGAACUUCUGCUGGAACGGGGUGCUCCUUUGCUGGCAAGGACAAAGAACGGGCUGUCUCCACUUCACAUGGCUGCACAAGGGGACCACGUGGAAUGUGUGAAGCACCUGUUACAGCACAAGGCGCCUGUAGAUGAUGUCACUCUGGACUACCUGACGGCCCUCCAUGUUGCUGCACACUGUGGCCACUAUCGUGUAACCAAACUCCUUCUGGACAAGAGAGCCAAUCCCAACGCCCGAGCCCUGAAUGGUUUUACUCCACUGCACAUUGCCUGCAAGAAAAACCGCAUCAAAGUCAUGGAACUGCUGGUGAAAUAUGGGGCUUCAAUCCAAGCUAUAACAGAGUCUGGCCUCACACCAAUACAUGUGGCUGCCUUCAUGGGCCACUUGAACAUUGUCCUCCUUCUGCUGCAGAACGGAGCCUCUCCAGAUGUCACUAACAUUCGUGGGGAGACAGCACUGCACAUGGCGGCCCGGGCAGGGCAGGUGGAAGUUGUCCGAUGCCUUCUGAGAAAUGGUGCCCUUGUCGAUGCCAGAGCCAGGGAGGAACAGACACCUUUGCAUAUUGCCUCCCGCCUGGGUAAGACAGAAAUUGUCCAGCUGCUUCUACAACAUAUGGCUCAUCCAGAUGCAGCCACUACAAAUGGGUACACGCCCCUGCACAUCUCUGCCAGGGAAGGCCAGGUGGAUGUGGCAUCAGUCCUCUUGGAAGCAGGAGCAGCCCACUCCUUAGCUACUAAGAAGGGUUUUACUCCACUGCAUGUAGCAGCCAAGUAUGGGAGCAUGGAUGUGGCAAAACUUCUCUUGCAACGUCGUGCUGCUGCAGAUUCUUCAGGAAAGAAUGGCCUUACCCCGCUCCAUGUUGCUGCUCAUUAUGACAACCAGAAGGUGGCGCUGCUGUUACUGGAGAAGGGUGCUUCCCCUCAUGCCACUGCCAAGAAUGGCUACACCCCUUUACAUAUUGCUGCCAAGAAGAAUCAAAUGCAGAUCGCUUCCACACUCCUGAACUAUGGAGCAGAGACUAACAUUGUGACCAAGCAAGGAGUAACUCCACUUCAUCUGGCCUCACAGGAGGGCCACACAGAUAUGGUCACCUUGCUUCUGGAUAAGGGAGCCAACAUCCACAUGGCAACCAAGAGUGGGCUUACGUCCUUACACCUUGCAGCCCAAGAAGACAAAGUGAAUGUUGCUGAUAUUCUCACCAAGCAUGGGGCCGACCAGGAUGCUCAUACAAAGCUUGGUUACACUCCUUUAAUUGUGGCCUGUCACUAUGGAAAUGUGAAAAUGGUCAAUUUUCUUCUGAAGCAGGGAGCAAAUGUCAACGCCAAAACCAAGAACGGCUACACGCCUUUGCACCAGGCCGCCCAGCAGGGCCACACGCACAUCAUCAACGUCCUGCUCCAGCACGGGGCCAAGCCCAACGCCACCACCGCGAAUGGCAACACUGCCCUGGCGAUUGCUAAGCGUCUGGGCUACAUCUCCGUGGUCGACACCCUGAAGGUUGUCACUGAGGAGGUCACCACCACCACCACGACAAUCACUGAAAAACACAAGCUAAAUGUUCCUGAGACGAUGACUGAGGUCCUUGAUGUGUCUGAUGAAGAGGCUUUUAAACAGUGUGGUCACCACUUUAUUGAUGGAGAAGCACUUAGUGAUUCAGGUGAUGACACAAUGACAGGUGAUGGGGGAGAAUACCUUAGGCCUGAGGACCUCAAAGAACUGGGUGAUGACUCUCUACCUAGCAGUCAGUUCCUGGAUGGUAUGAAUUACCUGCGCUACAGUUUGGAGGGAGGACGAUCUGACAGUACCAUGCCCAGCCUUCGAUCCUUCAGUUCCGACAGGUCUCACACCCUGAGCCAUGCCUCCUACCUGAGGGACAGUGCCAUGAUAGAUGACACAGUUGUGAUCCCCAGUCACCAGGUGUCAACUCUGGCCAAGGAGGCAGAAAGGAAUUCUUAUCGUCUAAGCUGGGGCACUGAGAAUUUAGACAACGUGGCUCUUUCUUCCAGCCCUAUUCAUUCGGGUUUCCUGGUUAGUUUUAUGGUGGAUGCCCGAGGGGGUGCUAUGCGAGGAUGCAGACACAAUGGGCUCCGAAUCAUUAUCCCACCUCGGAAGUGUACCGCUCCGACCCGAGUUACCUGCCGACUGGUUAAACGCCAUCGAUUGGCGACGAUGCCCCCAAUGGUGGAAGGAGAAGGCCUGGCCAGUCGCCUGAUUGAAGUCGGACCUUCUGGUGCUCAGUUCCUUGGUAAACUUCACCUGCCAACGGCUCCUCCCCCACUUAAUGAGGGAGAAAGUUUGGUCAGCCGCAUCCUUCAGCUGGGGCCUCCUGGAACCAAAUUCCUUGGGCCGGUGAUUGUGGAGAUCCCUCACUUUGCGGCUCUUCGAGGAAAGGAGAGGGAACUGGUGGUCCUGCGCAGCGAGAAUGGGGACAGCUGGAAAGAGCAUUACUGUGAAUACACUGAAGACGAAUUAAAUGAAAUCCUUAAUGGCAUGGAUGAAGUGCUGGAUAGCCCGGAAGACCUGGAAAAGAAACGCAUCUGCCGCAUCAUCACCCGUGACUUCCCGCAGUACUUUGCGGUGGUGUCUCGCAUCAAACAGGACAGCAACCUGAUUGGCCCGGAGGGCGGUGUGCUGAGCAGCACGGUGGUGCCCCAGGUGCAGGCUGUCUUCCCGGAGGGGGCGCUGACCAAGCGGAUCCGCGUAGGCUUACAGGCUCAACCUAUGCACACUGAACUGGUUAAGAAGAUACUAGGCAACAAAGCUACCUUCAGCCCGAUAGUCACUUUGGAACCUAGAAGAAGAAAAUUCCACAAGCCAAUUACCAUGACCAUUCCAGUCCCCAAAGCUUCAAGUGACGUCAUGUUGAAUGGUUUUGGGGGCGAUGCACCAACUUUAAGACUAUUAUGCAGCAUAACAGGUGGAACUACCCCUGCUCAGUGGGAAGAUAUUACAGGAACUACGCCAUUAACGUUUGUCAAUGAAUGUGUUUCCUUUACAACCAAUGUGUCUGCCAGGUUCUGGCUGAUAGAUUGCCGGCAGAUCCAAGAAUCCGUUACCUUCGCAUCACAAGUGUAUAGAGAGAUUAUCUGUGUACCUUAUAUGGCCAAAUUUGUAGUGUUUGCCAAAUCACAUGACCCCAUCGAAGCCAGGUUGAGAUGUUUCUGUAUGACCGAUGAUAAAGUGGAUAAGACUCUUGAACAGCAAGAAAACUUUGCCGAGGUGGCCAGAAGCAGAGAUGUGGAGGUAUUGGAAGGAAAACCCAUCUAUGUUGAUUGUUUUGGCAACCUGGUGCCAUUAACCAAGAGUGGCCAGCAUCACAUAUUCAGUUUUUUUGCCUUCAAAGAAAACAGACUUCCGCUCUUUGUCAAGGUACGUGAUACAACUCAGGAACCUUGCGGACGACUAUCAUUUAUGAAGGAGCCAAAAUCCACAAGAGGCUUGGUGCAUCAAGCUAUUUGCAACUUAAACAUCACCCUGCCAAUUUAUACAAAGGAGUCAGAGUCAGAUCAAGAACAGGAGGAAGAGAUCGAUAUGACAUCAGAAAAAAAUGAUGAGACAGAAUCUACAGAAACAUCUGUUCUGAAAAGUCACCUGGUUAAUGAAGUUCCUGUCCUAGCAAGUCCGGACUUGCUCUCUGAAGUUUCUGAGAUGAAACAAGAUUUGAUCAAAAUGACCGCCAUCUUGACCACAGAUGUGUCUGAUAAGGCAGGCUCUAUUAAAGUGAAGGAGCUGGCGAAGGCUGCUGAGGAGGAGCCAGGAGAACCUUUUGAAAUUGUUGGAAGAGUUAAAGAGGACUUAGAGAAAGUGAGUGAAAUUCUGAGAAGUGGAACCUGCACAGGCAGUGAAGGCAGGGUGCAGAGGCCACAGUCUGGGAGAGAAUUAGUGGAAGAGGAAUGGGUUAUUGUCAGUGAGGAGGAAAUAGAAGAGGCUAAGCGAAAAGCACCCUUAGAAAUCACUGAAUAUCCAUGUGUAGAAGUUAGACUAGACAAAGAGACCAAAGUCAAGGUAGAAAAAGACUCAACCGGGUUAGUGAACUACCUUACUAAUGACCUAAGUUCAUAUAUGACUCUUCAUGAAGGGCAACCAGAGACAGUUCAAGAUAUGGCAGGGGAGAAACGUGAGGCUCUGGCUAUUGGCAAGAGUUCUGAAAAUGAAGGGAAAGAUAUAGGCCCAGAUGAGACACGCAGAACACAGGAUCAGCAGAAACCAAGCCUGGGAAUAAAGAAGCCAGUGAGAAGGAAAUUAAAGGAAAAACAGAAACAAAAAGAGGAAAAUUUACCAGCUGGUGCAGAAAAAACUGAUCUUAAAAAAGGUAGUUCAGAAGAGUCCUUAGAUGAAGACUCAGGUUUAGCCCCUGAAUCUCUUCCCACUGUAAAGGCCACAUCUCCUUUGAUAGAAGAAACUCCCAUUGGUUCCAUAAAGGACAAAGUAAAGGCUCUUCAGAAGCGAGUAGAGGAUGAACAGAAAGGUCGAAGCAAAUUGCCUGUCAGAGUCAAAGGCAAAGAGGAUGUGCCAAAAAAGACAGUGCACAGGCCACAUCCAGCCACAUCACCCUCUCUGAAGUCAGAAAAGCAUGCACCAGCAUCACCCUCCUCUAAAACAGAAAGGCACUCUUCUCUUUCCUCCUCUGCAAAAAUGGAAAGGCACUCCCCAGUAUCACCUUCAAGUAAAACGGAGAAACACUCACCUGUGUCACCUUCUGCAAAAACGGAUAGACAUCCACCUUUGUCAUCGUCAAGUAAAACUGAGAAACACUCACCUGGGUCUCCCUCUACAAAAACUGAAAGACACUCCCCUGUGUCAACUUCUGCAAAAACAGAAAGACACCUACCUGUAUCAUCUUCAGGUAAAACAGACAAACGCCCACCCGCAUCUCCCUCUGGGAGAACAGAGAAACAUCCACCAAUAUCACCUGGGAGAACGGAAAAACGCUUGCCUGUAUCACCGUCUGGAAGAACAGAGAGGCAUCCACCUGUAUCAGCCUCUGGUAAAACCGAAAAGCACCUGCCUGUGUCACCUUCUGGGAAAACAGAAAAGCAACCAGCUGUAUCUCCCACGUCAAAAACAGAAAGAAUUGAGGAGACAAUGUCUGUACGGGAGUUGAUGAAAGCCUUCCAGUCAGGUCAGGACCCAUCUAAACAUAAGACUGGGCUUUUUGAGCACAAAUCAGCAAAGCAAAAGCAGAUACAGGAAAAAGGCAAAGCUCGGGCAGACAAAGAAAAGGGGCAGAUCAUAACCCACAGAGAAACACAGAAAACAGAGAGUCAGACAAUCAAACGAGGCCAGAGAUUUCUGGUAACAGGAGCUUCAGAACCCAGAAGAGGGGUUCGUGCUUCCUCCAUAGUGCCUAAGAGAGAAGAUACAGCUGGAGCAAAGGAGAAAGCUUUCACCCCCAAAACACCCGAACCUGUUCAGUCAGCAUCUGAAGAAGACAACCAUAAAGAGAGUGAGGACUCCAAAGAAAAGGUGGAUGAUGAACAAGGGGACCUGGAUCUUCAGAUCAGCCCUGAUAGGAAAACCUCCACUGAUUUUUCUGAUGUCAUUAAGCAAGAGUUGGAAGACAAUGACAAAUACCAACAAUUCUGCCUGAGUGAAGAGACCGAAAAGGCACAGCUUCACUUAGAUCAAGUACUCACCAGUCCUUUCAACACAGCCUUUCCGCUAGAUUAUAUGAAGGAUGAAUUCCUUCCAGCUCUGUCUUUACAGAGUGGUGCUUUAGAUGGCAGUUCUGAAAGCCUAAAGCAUGAAGGGGUAGCAGAUUCUCCAUGUGGCAGCCUGAUGGAAGGGACCCCUCAGAUCAGUUCAGAAGAAAGCUAUAAGCAUGAAGGACUAGCAGAGACUCCUGAGACAAGCCCAGAAAGCCUUUCCUUCUCAACAAAGAAAAGCGAUGAACAAAUUGGGGAAACAAAGGAAACUGCGAAGUUAGAAACACCAGUGGAAACUCAUUCAGAAAAAGAACAUCACACACCUGAAGACGUUAGUGAUGGUUCUGGAGAGCAAGGUGCUGUCGUUACUGAGGGUAUAGACCACUCUACUGAGUGUUUUUUAAAGGAGGCCACCACAGAACCUUCCGAGGACACAUGCUCCAAACGAGAAGGUGAUUCCCCUGACAGCUGUAGUGAAUCUUUAGCAAAGGAAACACCCAGAGGACACACUGAGGAAGCUUCCGGUGAUGAAGGACAACUUAUAUGUGAUAGUUCAGCCCAUAAGACACAAACUGAUACUGAAGUUCAGGAAUCCAUAGCCACCGAACCCUCAGAUGAGACAAAGGCCUCACCAUUGCCUGACGCUUCUGUGAAGACAGGUGCAGGGACUGAAUCAAAGCCUCAGGGAGCCAUUAGAAGUCCCCAGGGGUUGGAACUUUCACUUCCCAGCCGUGAUAGUGAAGUCCUCAGCCCAAUGGCUGAUGAAUCAUUAGCAGUAAGUCACAAAGACUCUCUAGAAGCAAGCCCUGUGCUGGAAGAUAACUCCUCACACAAAACUCCUGAUUCUCUGGAACCAAGUCCUCUGAAGGAAUCUCCUUGCCGAGACUCUCUCGAAAGCAGCCCAGUGGAACCAAAGAUGAAGGCUGGAAUUCUCCCGAGUCACUUCCCUCUUCCUGCAGCCAUUGCCAAAGCAGAACUGAUUACAGAAGUGGCCUCCAUGCGUUCCCGGCUCCUACGAGACCCUGACGGCAGUGCUGAAGAUGACAGUUUUGAGCAGACAUCACUCAUGGAGAGCUCAGGGAAGAGUCCCCUUUCUCCUGACACACCCAGCUCUGAAGAAAUUAGCUAUGAAGUCACACCCAAAGUCACAGAUGCAAGUACACCCAAAUCGGCUGUGAUUCAUGAAUGUGCAGAGGAGGAUGACUCAGAAAAUGGGGAGAAGAAGAGGUUCACACCUGAAGAGGAAAUGUUUAAAAUGGUAACUAAAAUCAAAACAUUUGAUGAACUUGAACAAGAAGCAAAGCAGAAAAGGGACUACAAAAAAGAACCCAGGCAAGAGGAAUCGUCUUCAUCCUCUGAUCCAGAUGCUGACUGCUCAGCAGACUUGGAUGAACCAAAACUUAUGGAGAGUGUGGAGAGUGAAAGUGAGGUCCCUGUGGUAGUGACAUCAGAGAGCAGAAAGGUUUCUUCCUCCUCGGAAAGUGAACCUGAGUUGACACAACUGAAGAAAGGUGCUGACUUGGGCCUCUUACCAGAACCAGUUAUUCGAGUGCAACCUCCAUCACCACUUCCAUCCAGCAUAGACUCCAAUUCUAGUCCUGAAGAAGUACAAUUCCAGCCUAUAGUUUCCAAACAGUACACUUUCAAGAUGAGUGAAGAGAAUCAUGAAGAGCCAGGUAAAUCAGAAGAAGAAAAAGAUUGUGCAUCCGAUUUGCCUCAAGACAGUCAUAACAUUUCCAUGGAUGGCCCAGAUAUGCCUUCUGAUGGCCUAAACCAAGAUACUCAUCAGCUAAAAACCUGUAGUGACCAUGGAUGUGAGGCUGUGAGUUCUAGAAGCUCCACCAUCGUUGAUUCAGAUCUCCAGAGUUUGACUGGUGAUGAUGUCAAUGAGCAGCUGGUCAUCCAUAAAGAAUCACUGACUCUCCAAGACACUCAUGAAAAAGACAAAGAAGAGGAAGAGCUCAAUGUUUCUAGAGUGGAAUUUCCACAAGUAGAUUGCCCCAGUGAAAGUGCUCCAUCCUUGUCCUCUUUGUCUCAGUGUCCAGCAACUGAAGGAGAAGAAUUAGAUGAAGACAUAUCUUCCACACAUUCUGCCUCAAAAAUGGAGGUCACAACAACUGACCAAACUUUUGAGAGCUUACCAAAGGAUUGUUCUACUACUGAAGACUCAUCUAUUACUACUCAGACAAACAGAUUAUCAAUGGAUGUUUCAGUGUCUGACCCAACUGAGACUGAUGAAAUCAGUCCUCAAAUCACAAGCCCUUAUGAAAAUGUUCCUUCCCAAUCUUUUUUCUCUAGCGAAGAAAGCAAAACCGAAACAGAUGUGAGACACACAAGUUUUCACUCUUCUGAAGUAUAUUCUGUUACCAUCACAUCCUCUGUUGAAAAUGUAGUAGUGGCAAGCUCCUCUAGUGGAACUGUUUCAAACAAACAAUCUAAUUUUGAGGACCAGAACAUGGAAAUAGAAUCAAAACAAGAAAGCGCUUUGUGGGAAAUGCAGUCAGAUAGAACGGCCUCAUCUUUGGAGUCUGCUGUACCAAAUGCAUCAGCAGUUGUUGGUGAACAGACAAGCAAAGUCAUCAUCACAAAAACCGAUGUGGAUUCUGAUUCCUGGAGUGAAAUCCGUGAAGAUGAUGAAGCCUUUGAGGCUCGAGUGAAAGAGGAAGAACAGAAGAUAUUUGGUUUGAUGGUAGACCGACAAUCACAGGGCACCACACCCGACACCACUCCUGCUAGGACCCCAACUGAGGAAGGGACUCCAACAAGUGAGCAAAAUCCUUUUCUCUUUCAGGAAGGAAAAUUGUUUGAGAUGACCCGAAGUGGUGCCAUUGAUAUGACCAAAAGAUCCUAUGCAGAUGAAAGUUUUCACUUUUUCCAAAUUGGGCAAGAACCCAGGGAAGAGACGCCCUCUGAAGACAUGAAAGAGGGGCCUAUUGGGACUGAGCCCCCACAGCCAGAGACAUCAGAUGUGUCACUAGCACAUUCUGAAUCAAAAGAAACAGUGGAUGAUGAAGCAGACUUAAUUCCAGAUGAUCUGAAUGAGGAAGUGGGUGAAAUACCUGCCUCAGAUGAGCAACUUAAUUCCCAAAUGGAGAUUUCAACCUCCAUUGAAAUAUCAACAAAAGAGGCUACUUCUGUUGGAGCUGAGGACCUCUCCGCCAUGCAGAAGGGUGAUACAUCUCCUCUGGCCAGUAUGAAGCAGACAUCUUUCCCUGACUCCCCUGAACCAGUUCUACAAGUUCAGUUAGAUUUUUCCACAGUCACCAGGUCUGUAUAUUCAGAUCGAGAUGAUGAUUCUCCCGAUUCUUCCCCAGAGGAACAGAAAUCUGUGAUUGAAAUCCCUACCGCACUCAUGGAGAAUGUGCCUUCUGAAAGCAAAUCCAAAAUUCCUGUAAGGACUAUACCCACUUCAACCCCAGCACCUCCAUCUUUGGAAUGUGAGAGUUCACUUUCUGGAGAAUUUCUACCCAGCCUGGAUGAUGAAAGUAAGGAUGAUGAAACAAAACCAAAGUCCAAAAUCCCUAUCAAAGCAUCCAUCCAAAGAGUCGAACAGCAGCUUUCACACCUAGACUCAUCUCUCCAGAAGACAGCAGCUCCUCAGGGACUGGACAUGACCAGCAGAGCACCAGAAACUAGAAGCAAAUCUGAAUCUGAUGCUAGUCCUUUGGACUCAAAGACCAAGUGUCUAGUAAAAACUAGAACUUACACUGAGGCAGAAGCAGAGAGCAGAGAGAGGGCAGGGGAUCAGGAGUUAGAAUCAGAAGAAGGGGCCACAAAGCCAAAGAUAUUUGCAUCCAAAUUGCCAGUUAAGAGCAGAAGCACCACAUCUCCCUGCAGGGGGGGCACGAGCCCCACCAAAGAAAGUAAGGAGCAUUUCUUUGACCUUUACAGAAACUCCAUAGAAUUCUUUGAAGAGAUUAGUGAUGAGGCCUCCAAGUUAGUGGAUAGACUUACACAGUCCGAAAGGGAGCAGGAGAUAGUUUCAGAUGAUGAAAGUAGUAGUGCCCUGGAAGUUUCUGUAAUUGAAAAUCUACCACCUGUUGACACCGAGCACUCGGUUCCUGAGGACAUCUUUGACACAAGGCCCAUUUGGGAUGAGUCCAUUGAGACUCUGAUUGAACGCAUCCCUGAUGAAAAUGGCCAUGAACAUGCUGAAGAUCCACAGGAUGAGCAAGAACGGAUCGAGGAAAGGCUGGCUUAUAUUGCUGAUCACCUUGGCUUCAGCUGGACAGAAUUAGCAAGAGAACUGGAUUUUACUGAGGAACAAAUUCAUCAAAUUCGAAUUGAGAAUCCCAACUCCCUCCAAGACCAGAGUCAUGCACUACUGAAGUAUUGGCUAGAAAGGGAUGGGAAACAUGCUACAGAUACCAAUCUCAUUGAAUGUCUGACCAAGAUUAACCGAAUGGAUAUUGUUCAUCUCAUGGAGACCAGCACAGAACCUCUCCAGGAGCGCAUCAGUCACAGCUAUGCAGAAAUGGAACAGACCAUUACACUGGAUCAUAGUGAAGGGUUCUCCGUACUUCAGGAGGAGCUUUGCACUACACAACCUAAGCAGAAAGAGGAGCAGGCCGUUUCUAAGGAAAGUGAGUCCUGUGACCAGCCUCCCAUCGUCUCAGAGGAAGACAUUUCUGUUGGUUAUUCCACUUUUCAGGAUUGCAUCCCCAAAACUGAGGGGGAUGGCUCAGCAUCAGAGCUCUUUCCCCAAACUGACAAGGAGCAAGUUCAACAGGAUUUCUCAGGGAAAAGGCAAGACCUGACUGAAGAGUCAUCUCUUGAACAUCGGCAGGAAUACUUUGUGACAUCCCCAGGAACAGAAGUACCAGAAACUCACAAGACUCCACUGGUAUCUGUCUCUCCCAGCAAGACACCUGAGGAAAUCAGUACACCUCCCGAGGAGGAUAGGCUGUACCUCCAGACCCCAACACCGAGCGAGCGUGGAGACUCUCCCAUUGUGCAGGAACCUGAAGAGCCCCCGGUGCAUGGAGAGGAGAGUUCUCCCUGGAGAACUAGCCUUGUGAUCACAGAGUCAGCUGACGACCAGCCUCAGACCUUUAAAAGACUCGAUGAAGGUGUAGCUUUUGAAAAGGAGCUCACAGAGGAAUUAGGUGAGCUGGAGGCCAGCUCAGAUGAGGAGGCGAUGGUAACUACCAGGGUUGUCCACCGACGAGUGAUAAUUCAGGGAGAUGAUAUGCCUGACAUACCACCAGAGACGGUCACAAAAGAAGAAUUCAUUGAUGAGCACGGACACACCGUGGUGAAGAAGGUUACUAGAAAAAUCAUUAGGCGGUAUAUAUCCCCUGAUGGUUCAGAAAAAGAAGAGAUUACAAUGCAGGGAAUGCCACAGGACCCCAUCGACAUUGAGGAAGGGGACGGCUAUUCCAAAGUCAUCAAGCGCGUUGUCCUGAAGAGUGACACUGAACAGUCUGAGGUGACUUUGUCUGAGCCCAGCAUUCUGUCCAGCACCUCACAAUUUCAGGCUGAACCAGUGGAAGGCCGUAGAGUCAGCAAAGUUGUUAAAACAACCAUGGUACAUGGAGAGAGGAUGGAGAAACAUCUGGGGGAUCCUAGUUUAGCCACUGAUCUUCCUUCAGCCAAAGAUGACUUUGAAGAGGACAACCAUGAAUAAAGCUAGUACACAGAAGAGGGCUGUGGUGAAGGACCAGCAUGGAAAACACAUUCACUUGGAGCAUCUGGAGGAUGUCCCAGAAGCACUAGAUCAGGACAACCUCCAGCACGACCUCCGGCAACUCCUUCGGCAUUUCUGUAAGGAGGACUUGAAGCAAGAGGCCAAAUGAGGGGCUGCCCAACUCUCACACCAGAAGCCACACAUUCACUCAAUAUGCAACUUCCCAUUUCAUUACGGUGACUACAACUGGCCUAAUUAAUGGAAUACCUUGAUAUUUCCACUUUUAGCAAACACACUGCAUUUUGUUUUCGUUUCCUCCCAUCCUCUUCAACUGUAAGCUAAUUUGUGACCAAAGAUAGCAUCCUUCAUUCUGGAUGCUGUAUCCAAUACUCGUGUUUGUGCUAACCUGGGAACUGGCCACCUCCAUUGUUCUUUGCUUCUGCACAAGGUCCAUGAAAAUCCAUUGAUCGGAAGAACUUCACCUGCAGACCUCUUUGAGUGACGAGAUAUAGGAACCCCACAAAGGGUUAUCCAGUGUACAGUGUAGAUAGUUGAAAUGCUCAGAUGAACAACAUAUUAAAAUUAAAACCACUGCCUAUCAUAACCACACUGGGUAUCGUGGAAUCAAAGGCCUCUAGAAAUUGCUGAACAAUGGUUAAUUAAGAUAUUGCUAACACAAUCGAAUGAUAAUACAGUUCUACUGCAAAAGAAGCACUUCAGACCUACCAUGUCCUUAGAACUUGCAGAGUAGCCAUUGCUCCUAGUCAAGGAUGGGUAAAUGUCCUUGAAGAACUGUCCUAACUAAGAAGUUAUUGCUGGUUCUGACCAGCCAUGAUUUAUGACUCUCCAGCAACCACUCUGAGGGAGGGGAGGCAGGGAGCAGGAGACAGAGAGGAUGAAACAGUGAGGUAUUCAGUUGCUAGCAGCCACAUGCUGUGGCAUUCUAGCAUCUUCAGGUCUUUUAAAUUUGGACAUGUUGGCAGGGUAUUUUAAAAAGCUAUAACUACUGUAGUUUUCCAGUUUUCAUUGCUGCUUUAGCAAACCAUGCUGUCUUACUGGUGGUACUUUCUUCUGGCCACUGCACUGUAGAUAAGUCAUUGGAAACAAGAUUUACCCACUACACAAAAGGUUAAACUCCUUCACCAUGUUGGAGUGGUUUCUUUCUUUCUUUUUUUUUUUUUUUUUUUUUUUCUCUUUCCAGGUUUAUAUCUUCUCUAAUACCUGCAUGCAACAUUUAAAAAUCAAAACCACAGUCAAAACCCCUCUUCUAAUCAUAUUAAUGAUUUUCCUUCUUUUUACCCAGAAUGAGCACUUUUAACUUUUUAGCUAGGUCUGUUUUUUGGCUUGCAGACAAGGUUGAGAAAUCCUUACAAAUUCAGUUUGAGUUUUUAAGAAUUUGGUUUAUUUAUUUGAAAUCCAAACUCCCUUGGAAAUCUUUGUGUGCAUUUGUGCACUUUUCUGUUUGUUUGUGUCAGAGAAGGAACUAUAACAAUCUGAGUGAUUUCCAUGUCCUAUUCCUCAUUCCUCUAGUGGUUGAAGCUGUGUAGCAUUUUAACAUAUAUAUAUAUUCACAAAUAUAUUCAUAUAAACAGUAUACAUUUUGAAUCAGUUAUUUGUUAAAGAAAAGUAUAUUCGAUGAAGAUGAAAUUUAAAAAAAAAAAUAGAGUCUAUCCUCCAGGGACUGAAAUUUUUCCAAUCUAUCUGGUCUUUUCCUGUUGUGCAAAAAUGACUCAGUGCUCCGAAUGUCAAAAACAAAUGCAACAAACAAUGGCACUUCAUCAUUUAAAGGAACGUUGCCAAGAGAGAAAAUUUCCUGGGAGGGAGGUCUUCCAUAAACCAACCCCCCUAAGCCUCUAAUGCUAGCACUUUUUGGCAUUCGGAUAGGAAAUAAAGCAUUCUUUGGCAGCCAAAAUGAGAAAGGCCCAUGGUGAAACUUUUUGAGACACGCCAGGGCCUUCUUGUCAAAACCCUCACUGGAGCUCACGAGAAGCAUUUCUGUUGUGCUAUUUGCAGUGCAGAUGAUGUCUGUGUAACAACAUAAUGGUUACUCACUGUUUUUUUGGUUUUGUUUUUGUUUUUUUAAUUUUACUUUUGGCUGUGUUAUCAAAAAACUUGAAUACUGUGAGAAGAAGUGAAUUUUCAGUUGAUGAAUCAGCAUCUUGUUCCCAUGGUGAUAACACUAAUUGAAUAUAUCUAUGAGGGCAUGUAUUAGUUAAUGGAAAAAGAAAUACAACACUAACAAUACACAUAGCUGCAAUGUGUACAAUGGCUGAUUUAAUUAAAUAAAAUGUACAAGUGUUAAAUGUG